AUGUCUCUUAGGUCUCUUUCUAGACUCCAAGACUCCAACACGUUGAAUUCAAGCAUACCUUCAAGCUUAUGGGGCCUAAAAGAUUUGAUCAAUCUAGACUUGUCCUUGAAUUCAUUGAAUGGGUCAUUACCUCUAGAGAUAAGUAACUUAGGAGCAGCGAUCUACAUAAAUCUAGCGAUGAAUCAGUUGUCAGGGUUAGUUCCGAGCACUAUUAGGAAGUUGCAGAAUUUGGUUAAUUUGUCUUUGGCAAGUAAUAAUCUAGAAGGUUCUAUUCCUGCGUCUGUGGGACACAUGAUCAGUUUGGUAACUCUUGAUUUGUCUUACAACAACCUCUCUUCUUCAAUUCCAAAGUCUUUGGAAUCACUUCAACACCUCGACUACUUUAAUGUUUCUUUCAACAAUUUAAGUGGAGAAAUUCCUAAUGGUGGUUCUUUUAUAAACUUCACUAUGGAUUCUUUUAAAGGUAAUGAGGCAUUAUGUGGAAUCCCGAGGUUCCAUGUCCGAAUUUGCCCUAUAGUUUCUAGUCAUGGAUCAAAGACGAAAAAGGUGGAACGAGCUUCAUUUAUUGUUUUUGGGGGUGUGGCCUUUAUCUCAGUUGUUUCUUUAGCCUUUAUAAUUGUCGGAUGCAAAAGAAAAGAUAAGACAACUAAAGAAGUUGAUGAGCUGAUAUCGAUUGUGCCGGAAAGAAUCUCUUAUUAUGAACUGCUGCAAGCAACUCAACAAUUCAAUGAAAGCAAUUUAAUUGGCAGUGGGAGUUCUUGCUCUGUUUAUAGAGGAAUUCUUAACAAUGGGAAUGAUAUCGUUGUCAAGGUGUUUAAUAUGCAAUUAGAAGGUAUUCUGAGAAGAUUUGAUGUCGAAUGCGAGAUACUACGUAGCAUUCGACAUAGGAAUCCGACCAGUGUCAUAAGCAGUUGCUCCAAUGAAGAGUUCAAGGCAUUAGUACUUGAAUAUAUGCCAAAUGGAAACCUUGAAAAAUGGUUAUAUUCCCACAACUAUUGCUUGAAUGUGAUGGAAAGAUUGAAUAUAAUGAUUGAUGUUGCAUCAGCUAUGGAGUAUCUUCACCAUGGUUAUUCUACGCCCAUUGUCCACAACGACUUGAAGCCUAGUAAUGUGCUAUUAGAUGAAGACAUGGUUGCCCAUGUAAGCGAUUUUGGGAUAGCGAAGUUGUUAUGCGAUACAUGA